AUGGACCAUGGUGGAUGGGAAAGGCCCUUAAUCAAUUAUGGGAAGGACCACGGGGGAUGGGAUAGCCCCGCAAUCAAUUCAGGGAAGGACCACGGUGGAUGGGAAAGGCCCAUAAUCAAUUAUGGGAAGGACCACAGGGGAUGGGACAGGCCCACAAUCAAUUCAGGGAAGGACCACAGUGGAUGGGAAAGACCCAUAAUCAAUUAUGGGAAGGACCACAGGGGAUGGGAUAGCCCCGCAAUCAAUUCAGGGAAGGACCACAGUGGAUGGGAAAGACCCAUAAUCAAUUAUGGGAAGGACCACAGGGGAUGGGAUAGCCCCGCAAUCAAUUCAGGGAAGGACCACGGUUGA